AUGGACGAUAAGCUACUAGAGCCAAUCCUCGUGCGAGCUCUUAAGCGCAUCGAGAAUCUCGAGAACGAGCAUGCUAAGAGCGAGACCGAGAGAAAAGCAGCGCAGCGUGCGUGGGAUCAUUCGUACAAUCGUCAGGACGAGAUGGAAGUCGAAUUGGCAUCACUGAAGAACAAGAUUCAUACAUCCGGCGAGACACAGAAUGGAGAGUCACAAGCACUGAGGAGGAUCUGCGAGACACAGCAGCGCACUAUCCAACAGCAACAGACCAGUCUCGCGAAGAUGCAAGUCGAAAUUGAUAAACUCAAGCAGUACCCUCGACGCGUCGAUGACUUGGAUGGUACGACUCUCGACAUAAUCGAUGAGCUUGAUGCGCAGAGGGAGAUGUCCAAAGCCGAACGAGACAUCCGUAUCGAGCUUGGAACAUCCAUUGUCAGUUUGAAGUCUGCAACUGACCAGAUCCUGGCACAUAUCCGCGCACAUGUCCAGCUCACUGGAAGCAUCUUGGACAGGACCUCAUCCACCGGUAUACCUCUGAGACUGGCGAUCCUCUACAAAGCCAACCUUAAGGCUCUCAUCCUCACGUCUCCGAUCCUCACAACGCAGACUCCGAAGCAGAGUACGGAUGUUGUCUAUGAUGCAGGCGGUACAUACCAGACCGCGCCACACAGAGUUUGGGUUGAGCAAGGCAUUCUAUACACUAAUGGCCAUCACGGCGUUGAUGUCGCUAGCGGAGACCUUCUGCUGGAGAGUUGGGACCAGCAGGUGAUCGACUGGACAGCAAGGUACAAGGAGUGGGAAAAGCUUAAUGUACCCUACCAGUGCAUCAGCUCGUUGCUAGCAAAAGAGCUGACUGGCGUCCCGAUUCCUACGACCAUGCCGGCAUUUGCCUGCAAGAAAUGUCAGAGGGAGCGCAAGCUGUGCGUCGCAUACGACGCCACCAAGAAGCACCUGCGACUGCUUCCUCUUAAGCAUGUAGCCAGCGGACAUAUUGGCCUGAUCACACGCAGCGCCUUCAUCCGGCCAUUGCUCAAGCUAAAAGUACGCCAGCAGCAAGCAGAUGGCGCCCUUGAAGACAAUCAUGACUCGACCGAUCACUCUAAAAACGACCAAAGGCGCGAUUUCGACGAAGGCUACAAAAACAGCCACUCCGAUCGAUUCAGUAAAAGCCACGAGACCAGCCUCGCCUACCAGCCCGCAGAUACCGGCAACGGGGACAACGGGGCCGACGCCAUGCUGCUCGACAUGUGA